AUGCGCUACUCCCUCUCAGCCAAGCUGCUCCUCCUGCUGGGCUCUUCUCAGCUCGUGCUCAGCUCCUCCGACGACCAACGCGUACUCGCUCCCGCUACGGAACAGGCGAUAAACGAUAUUGCCGCGGACUUAGGCUGGGAUAAGGCCCCCAUGUUCACGAUCGAGAACAAAGACGUAAUUUUCGCGGCGCUCAAGAGAUACGCUGACCCCGUCGACGCCUUCGUUUCUCUUCAGCCCGAUAUGGCGGACACGCUCGCUGAGCCGAGACUGAUCCACGUUCAUGGCGAGAAAAUGGCUGAAUGGAUGACGGAGGGCGAUAAGCUUCGUCUUCGGCGCAAGGGACGCAAGUUCCGCGACAUCACUGAUUUCCAGGAGCUUUACGCCGACCACGUCAACACCUUUGCAGGCAAAGCCAACCUUCCCAAGAUCACACAUCAAAGCCUCAUCAAGCCCCUCUUCCCCAAAGUCAACCAGACAAACAUGCACAACGUCCUCAAGCACAUGACGAGCUACUACAACAGAUACUACGGCGGCGUCACCGGCGAGGAGAGUUCCGUCUGGCUGCACGACCACGUCGCCUCGAUCAUUGCCCAGUCGCCCUUCCACGCCCACAUCUCGCUCGAGUACUUCACCCACGAGUUCCCCCAAUCCUCCAUCAUCGCCCGCUUCGAGCCCAAGGUCCGCGACUUCUCCAAGCCCCUAACCAUCAUCGGCGCCCACCAAGACUCGGCAAACUACCUCUUCCCUCUGCUUCCCGCCCCCGGCGCAGACGACGACUGCUCCGGUACCGUAAGCAUUCUCGAGGCCUUCCGCGUUCUCGCGACGAGCGGCUAUGUGCCCAAGGAGGGACCUGUCGAGUUCCACUGGUACGCGGCUGAGGAGGGCGGGUUGCUGGGUAGCCAGGCCGUUGCAGCCUACAAGAAGAAGGAGGGUGCCAACAUUGGCGCCAUGAUGGAGUUCGACAUGACGGCUUUUAUCGCGCGUAACGCUACCGAGUCGAUUGGGUUCAUCAAGACGGAUGCGGACGCGCCGCUGACCAAGUGGGCGGUGGAUCUGAGCGAGGAGUACAUCAACAUCACGACGAGCGUCUACGAGCUCAUGCCCGGCGCCGGAUCGGAUUACAUGUCAUACACCAAGCUCGGGUUCCCUGCUACAUUUGCAUCCGAGGGCAAUCCCGUUGCGGGUGGAUUCCCUGGCGAGUUUGACCCGUACGUGCAUACGGAAAAGGAUACCAUGGAUGUCGAUGAUGAGACGGGUGUGUUUUCUAUUGAUCACAUGGCGAGGUUCUCUGAGCUGGCCAUUGCCUUUGCUAUUGAGCAGGCUGGGUGGGACAACAAGUGGAGGUAA